AUGGAUUUCAAGAGCGUGAAGGAGUAUGUUGCCUGGCUCUAUUAUCAAUACCAAAUCAUCAGCUGCUGUGCUGUCCUGGAGCCCUGGGAACAGUCUAUGUUCAAUACCAUCUUUCUAACCAUUGUUGCCAUGGUGGUCUACACUGCCUAUGUCUUCAUUCCCAUCCACAUCCGCCUGGCUUGGGAAUUUUUCUCCAAAAUAUGCGGAUAUCACAGUUCAAUUUCUAACUGA